GUCAUAGUAUACACCGUCACGUACUGCCUCUACAAUGUCUUUCUUCACCCGCUUCGAUCCUACCCUGGGCCCAAAUCUUGGGCGGCAUGCUUCGUCCCUUCUGCAAUUCAAAGUCUCCGUGGAAGGCUUCCAUACGCUAUUAAAGAAAUCCAUGACAAAUAUGGUGGAGUAGUCCGGGUGUCUCCGAAUUAUCUUCACUACGAUAGCGAUCAGGCAUGGGAAGAGAUUUACGGACACCUUAAGGGAACGCACACCAAGACCUUUGAGAAAGACUACUCGUUCUACGGGCCAACUCCUUCUGGAGCUCCGAACAUCAUAAUCGCCCAGCCCCACGAUCACCGCAGAUUACGAAGACUCCAAUCGCAUGCGUUUUCGGAGAAGGCUCUCGCUGAACAAGAGUCCUUCCUCGAUAAGUACGUACGCACUUUCAUCCAGGGUUUGCAGGACCAGGUCACCGGGCCAGCCAAGGGGGUCGUUGAUAUCUGUAUGUGGUACAAUUUUACCACUUUUGAUCUCAUUGGAGAUCUUGCCUUCGGACACUCCUUUGGCUGCACCGAGUCAGGCAAACUUCAUCCAUGGAUCGCCAUUACUUUUGAGUAUAUCAAGAUGAUUGAAUACAUGCGCCUCACGCGGAUUUUCCCAGUGGUGGAGAAACUGUUGGCAGUCUUGAUUCCCCAGUCGUUGAAGGAUAACCGGGCGAAUCACGCCAAAUGGAGUGCAGAUAGGGCACAGAGCCGAGUCGAGAUGAAAACGGACCGAAAAGACUUCAUGUCUUAUUUGCUCAGAGAGAGCGGCGAGAAAGGCAUGACCAAGGACGAGCUGAAUGAAGGCGCUUUGAUUCUCGUUCUGGCUGGAAGCGAAACGACGGCUACAGUCUUGACCGGCAUGACCUACUUCAUGUUGAAGCGGCCCGAGACGUACGAGGAGUUGAAACGCGAAAUCAGAACAGCGUUUGACUCUGCAGAUGACAUCAACAUCAAUGCGGUUGCCAAGCUGAAGUAUCUAAACGCUUGCAUCGAAGAAGGACUCCGCAUAUUUCCGCCAGCGCCGUCAGCUCACCCGAGGGUUGCCCCAUCCGGUGGAAGCGUAGUGUGCGGCCGGUUCGUUCCAGAGAAGACCGUUGUCGGCGUCGGAGCAUGGGCGGCGCAUCACUCGAUACGAAUGUGGCGCGAGCCGGAGUUGUACUUACCCGAGCGCUGGCUCGGGGACCCUGAGUUUGACAGCGACCACAAGAAAGCUUCUCAGGCUUUCUCUUAUGGCCCGCGCAAUUGUCUCGGGAAAAAUUUGGCGUGGGCUGAAAUGCGACUUAUCAUGGCUCAUCUCGUUUGGAAUUUCGACCUUGAACUCGACAAGCGGGCCGAGAACUGGAUAGACCGGAACAAGAUUUUCAUUCUCUGGGAAAAAGUGGAAUUGCUUGUCAAGCUAACGCCUGUUACAAGGUGA